AUGGACUCCCUCUUGAGGACAGUGGGGAACCUCCUACCAUACCACCUCCUCAGCUAUGGUGCUCUACUCGGAACAGAGCUGUACCAGAGCUUUGUCAACACCAAGAUCUGCUUCCAAGCCCUUCCGAUGAAGGAAUUCAUCAUUCUUCAGAAGCGACUCUUCCCGGUCUACUUUGCCACCCAGGUUGGACUGACGGCUCUGACGGCAGCGACCUGCCCGCCAUACAGCAUCCUGUCACUGCCGAGGAACCCGUGGAGUGCUGGAUCCCUCGCAGUUACGGGGUUGAUGGGCUGUCUGAACUGGUUCGUGUAUGGCCCGAAGACGACGACCACCGCAUUGGUGAGAAGGGCGUUGCAGGAAAGUGAGAAUAUUGAUGCCGACUCCAAUCAGUCCAAGGUGGACCGGGCCAAUCGCAAUUUCUCGCGCAACCACGCCAUGGUCAUUCAUUUGAAUGCUAUUGCUAUGAUCGCCACGGUUGUCUAUGGAUUCUCGUUGUCGUCAACUCUACUGGCAGGGCUCUAG